AGUAUAUAAAACUAUGCAGUAAAUGCCAGCGUUCCUAUAAAGUUGGAUGCACGUGUAUAGAUUUGAAGUUUUAUGAAAAUCACAAGCUGAGAAUUAUUUUAAUACAUUUUUACUUUUUAUUUUUUUUUGUAUUAUAUUCUCGAAAGUAUGGAUACCCGUUUUGCAUACAUGCUUCUGUUCAUGUCAAGUAUAAAUGCAGAGAAUCUAACAGAAUUACUACAAGAUUCAACAGCGACAUUAGUGAAAACAGCCACUGAGAAUCAGCAACACCAGCAGCAGUUUAUUCAAAUACUCAACACCAUUAUUGGAGCAAUAAAAUUAACGUUUUCAUUUUUUAAAACGUUAUUGUUUUUAUUCUACAAAUGUACGGCAACAAUACUAUCGCCGAUUAUGUGGUUAACAAGCAAUCUCUGGUCGAGUUUUGUUGCCAAACCCUAUCAUCUAUUCAUGCACGUAGCUCGUGCUUUAUAUCCAGUCACCUUAUUCUGCAUUGCUGCCAUCUGCUGUGGUUUAUUUAUUGGUGGUUGCGCUGGAUUUGCUGCCGAAGCAUUCUCGUCUAUUCUUAUAUCAGCAACAUGGGGACCGCAGCCAAAGGUAAUAGAAGAAGAAUUAGUUUUAAUUGAUCAUGACAGUAUGAAAAGACCCGAAGAAACCGAUGAGGAAGAAGAAGAAGAGCAUAUAAUAAAAAGUUCAGCAAAUAGCAGUAUAUGGGAGAACUCGUCGUCAUUCUUUGGUGUGCAUCAGAAUAAAAAAAAGGAAAAAGAACCACUAGUGCAAAAACCAAAAGUUGAAUUAUGGAGGGAAUCUAUCACAGAUUCGCCCCCACCAGUAACAAUACGUAGAAUGAAGCUCUCUUCACCUCAUAAAAGAAGUGGUUGGGAUUGGGACGAAGAUGAAGACGAUAUGUAUCAUCCUACGUCUUCGAAAAAGCAUUUUUAAAUAAAAAUCCAAUUUUCUC